CGAUAAAGUUUUGUGAUAACUCUGUGGUGGGAGGAUGUAUCAGUGAUGGUGAGGAGGUUGAAUACAGCACUGUGGUGGGAAACUGUCUCACGAUGAGAGAUGCGACAACUUCCUGCAGCUGAAUGUGACAAAGUAGCUGGUUGUGGACAUGAGGAAGAAAACGGCUCUGGUGACUCUUGUUACCAUCUGAGGGACCCCUGUAGAUACUGUCGAGGACUGUCUGGAAUCAGCUGGACAAGAUCGGGGAUGUUUUACGAGUCUGUGGUGGCUAGUGUGCUCCAUGCUGCUGUGCUCCCAGAUCUUGAUCCGGUAACCAGAGUGGAUUCGUGCACAUCCUCUGAGGAUAUUUUCCAGAUACUUGCCAACAAGCAACCAACAAGAAGACACUAGCUAACUAGCCUAGCCAGCAGCAGCAGAUUGUCAUGGAUCAUGUCUUGAGCACAGCUGACUGUUACAUCUUCACUCCGUAUGUUUACCCGGCGUCGUGGCCUGAGCACUGGGCUCCGCGUCAGAUUCUCAGCCUCUGGGUGGUGACCAACCUGGGGGCGCUGCUGAUUUACCUGGGCUUCGGUGCUCUCAGCUUCUAUCACGUGUUUGACCACAAACUCAUGAAACAUCCACAGUUCAUCAAGAACCAAGUAAGCAAAGAGAUCCAGCUGGGAACUGUGUCCAUCUUCUGGAUGAGUUUUCCCACUGUAGUUCUUUUCUUCUUGGAGGUCAGAGGACACAGCAAACUUUAUGACAACAUCAGUGACUUAUCCCUGGGCUGGUCGGGGGUGUUCCUGAGCAUUGCUGGUUUCUUGUUCUUUACUGACAUGUGCAUCUACUGGAUACACCGCUCAAUGCACCAUAAGAGCAUUUACAAGCACUUACAUAAGCAGCACCAUAUAUUCAAGAUCCCUACACCCUUUGCCAGCCAUGCCUUCCACCCACUUGACGGCUUCCUGCAGAGCUUACCCUACCACGUCUACCCUUUCAUCUUCCCCCUCCACAAGGUGGUCUAUCUCACGCUCUUUGUCUUCGUCAACAUAUGGACCAUUUCCAUACACGAUGGAGACUACCGACUCCCGGGCUUCCUGAUAUUUCUGAUCAACGGUGCCGCUCACCAUGUAGACCAUCACCUUUACUUCCACUACAACUACGGACAAUACUUCACACUCUGGGAUCGCGUAGGAGGCUCCUACCGACACCCCUCGGCGCUGCUGGGUAACGGGCCCCACGACCACGUUAGGAAGCUCAUGGCAGAGAAGCAGGCGCAGUGAUGAAGGAGCACUUCGUUUCUGGUUUUUAGAGUAAUUGUGCAACUUGUUUUCUAACUUUCGCUGUCAUGUUUUCAACAAAUAUUAAUACCACACAAUGAAAGCGUUGCCUUCGUGGUAUUUUCAGUAUAGUGUUUAACGGCCUAGAAAACUGACAGAGAAAAACAAAACAGACAGUUGCUUUUUUCUAGGAUUUAAUAAGAAAAGUGACUGUCUUGUUUUCUGUCUUCUAUUAAUUUGUAAAGCAUUUUUUGUACAAUAUAGCAGCGAUAAUCAUAUUAAGGUUCAAUCCAAGUUGCUACUAAUUACAAUUUGAAGUUUCAGGUUUUUGCAUAUGGAGACAUUAUAGUGGAGAUGUGUCCUGUUUAUUUUAUUACUUGUUUAAUAUAUUAAUGCUCUUUUUCUGAGUUAACUCCUUGAUUUGACAUGUAUUACGAUUUAAGGUGGAGGGAUUAUUAAAUGUUUUCUGGGAAUAAAUGAAAACUCAGAACUAA